UCUUAGACAAUGUAAUAAUAUUGUCAUGUAAUAUGUUUAAUGAACAAUAAAUAUGAUUACAUUAUCGCAUAUUGUUUGGGAUCAAUUAAUAGAUGUAGGAAUUAUGUUAUAUAUUUUCUAGAAAGAUAAGGUUGUUAGCAGUGAAUAGAAGCAUAUAAGUUAGAAGUCAGUACAGAUGAUGUCGUUUACUUAAUUUCAAAUAUUUUUUAUUAUUUUAAAAAAAUGGUUUGAUAGCUGAUAUGGCGAAUAAAAGACAACAGGAAAACUCCCAAGAAAGUGGUAUAGUUGAGGCGAAACGAGCGAAACUAGUUAAAUCUAUAACCUCGAGCGAUAGACCAGGCAAAAUUAAUAAAAUCCACCUGAGAAAUUUUAUGUGUCAUUCAUCUUUAAAAGUAGAUUUUAACAAGAAUAUUAACUUUGUAAUAGGCAGAAAUGGAAGUGGUAAAAGUGCUAUAUUGACUGCGUUAAUUGUGGUUUUAGGAGGAAGAGCCAGUAAUACUAAUAGAUCUACAUCAAUGAAAGAGUUUAUCAAAAAGGGCUGUGCCGCAACUACUAUAGAUAUAGAAAUAAAUAAUAUUGGUCCUUUCGCAUACAAAAAAGAUAUAUUUGGAGAUUCUAUAUUAGUGUCGAGACAAUUAAACUCAUCUGGAACAUCUAGCUUCAAAAUUAAAUCAGAUUCAGGAAACAUUAUAUCAACAAAAAAAUGUGAUCUACUUAAAAUUACCUCCCACCUUAAAAUAAUGAUAGAUAAUCCUUUGAGUGUUUUAACACAAGACACUGCCAGAACAUUCCUGAAUAGUUCAGAUCCUAAAAAGCGAUAUAUAUUCUUUACUAAAGCUACUUCUUUAGAUUAUAUUAAGGCUACAAUUCAGGAAAUAGUUGCAGUCAUUAGAAAGAGUAAUGAACAAAUGCAAAAAUACAAAGAGAAACAAGAAUCUUUGAAAUCCAGAGUGGAAGAAAUUCGAAAGCAACUAGCAAAAUUCAAAUCGAUAGACUCUUUAGAACAAACGAAAAAGAAUAUUGAAAUUGAAAUACUGUGGUCAAAUAUAAUGAAAAUUGAAAAAGAAAAGUCUUCUGAAUUGAUAAAAUUAGAAGAAAAACUCAAUGAGAUAGUAGAUAUGGAAAAACAAAUAUCUGAGGAAGAUAACAUAAAGAAAAGUUUAAAUUCAAAAAUACAAUCCUUUGUAAACAGCUUGAAAGAGAAGCAGAGUGAUACAGAAAAAUUAAGGUCAUUUUAUAAUGAAAUCAAAAUAAAUCUAAAAAGUGAAAAAGAUGUAUACCAACAAAAGGCUGAAAGUUUGAAACAGACUAAAGCUAGUCUAAUGAAAAUAAAUAACUCUCAAAAUAUAAUAAUGCAAGAAAUUGAAAAUAAAGAAAAACAAUUGAGCAUUUGGCAAGAGCUCAAAGAGCAAAAGGAGCAGAAAAUGAAAACUCUUUUAGCUCGAGAAGAAGAAUUGAAACAUUUCCGUCAAGUUUACACAAGUGGAGUCAUCUACUUUUUUUGGAAAUAA